AUGGUGAUUAAGACCGAGACGUGCUCCUUCAGCGAGUGCCGCAUUUAUCCUGGCCACGGCUCGCGCUACAUCCGUCGUGAUGGCUCGGCUUACGUGUUCAUCAAUUCAAAAAGCAAGUCGCUCUUUAUGCAGCGUAAAAAAGCUACAAAAAUUGUGUGGACUCUUGGCUGGCGUCGUAUGAACAAGAAGCUUAAGGUCGAAGAGGUCAGUCGCCGUCGUGCUCGCAAGGCCACCAAGAUCCAGCGUGCUAUUGUUGGUGUCUCUGCUGAUGAUAUCCGCAAGAAGCGCAACCAAAAGCCAGAGGUCCGUGCUGCUGCCCGUGCCGCUCUGAAGGAGGCUAAGGACCGCAGCAAGGCGAAGAAGUCAGUGACCAAGUCGGAGCACGUCAGUAAGGGUUUCAAGGGUGGUAACGCUCCUCGUGCCCAGAAGAAGUCGGGUAACCGUGGUGCCAUCUAA